AUGGAUGACAGCGAAAUGGAUGGCCCCAGUUAUGAAAAAUCAAAAGUUUGCCAGGAAACUGCAUCACAAGCGAAAAUAGAGGAAGAAGAAUCCUAUUGUUUUUCACAUCCAAGGAGAGGAGUUGCUGUUAUCAUUCUUUAUUCACAAGACUUUAAAGGAGGGGAAAGGCCCGGCUGGAAGAUCGACAAGGAAAAUCUACAGCGCACAUUCUCCCAUCUUGGUUUCCGUGUCGAUAUUUAUCAAGACUUGAAUAAACAGGACCUGAUGGUACAUCUUCAAAAAGUGUCCAGGGAAGAUCACAGCGAUUGUGACUGUUUUGUGCUUGCGGUGUCUUCUCACGGCCAGGAGUGUCAUGUCGGUGGAGUCAGAGAAGACACAAUCCUAACAAUUGACACUUCGAUCAAAACCAGAGAGGUCGUGGAUAUGUUUACUAACAAGGCUUGUCCUAGUCUGACAGGAAAACCUCGACUAUUUUUCAUACAAGCAUGUCGAGGUCAAAAAUUAGACCAUGGACACGAAAUACUCCCGGAGAAAUCAACAAGUAAUGACGACACGCUGGACGCUUCUCCUGUAGACAGUGACCUGACAGAUGUCAUUCCUAUGGGUUUUAUACACCACCGUUACCUGCACACCAUGCAGCAGAAUACUGCUGUUGCCAAUUUGAUGUCUCGUCUGAGACAUGUUACCAUAACCAAACAGGGGAGACAAGUACUGCAGGAAGGCGCAUUACCCAAACAGGUGGUCUCCCCUGCUCCUUGUCAUGAAGAUUUCUUGGUGAUGUACGCCACACCUCCAGGUUACUUCGCAUUUCGUCGCCAAAAUGAAGGUUCGUGGUUUGUCAACUCCUUAACUAAAGUCUUGUAUGCCUCUGACGGCACCAGAAAUCUCACCAAAGAGCUGACUCGCGUCAUCAGGCUGGUUGCUGAAAACUUUUUCUCAAAAAAUAAAGAUAAGGAUUUACACGGAAAAAAGCAGACACCUGUGCUGUAUUCAAUGCUUUGUAAAGACAUUUAUAUGGGCCCUAAGAAACCUUUGCAAGAUGGAAGGUAA